UUGAAAUCUCCUGGCCUCAUUUGAAGUCCCGCCUUCUCUACAGAGGACAGGGCAAACAUGGCGACGUCCCUGAAGUGUUUUCUGCGCUCCGGAAAGCAGGCCGUGCUGCUGGUGGCUCGGCGGGGGAUUCACAGGAGCCCUCCGGCCGCUCUUCAGGUGACCGUCCGCGAUGCCCUGAACCAGGCCAUGGACGAAGAGUUGGAGAGGGAUGAGCGGGUGUUCCUGCUGGGGGAGGAAGUGGCUCAGUAUGACGGAGCCUACAAGGUCAGCAGAGGUCUGUGGAAGAAAUAUGGCGACAAACGGAUCAUCGACACUCCGAUCUCAGAGAUGGGGUUUGCUGGUAUCGCCAUCGGAGCUGCCAUGGCUGGCCUCAGACCCAUCUGUGAGUUCAUGACCUUCAACUUCUCCAUGCAAGCCAUCGACCAGGUCAUCAACUCCGCUGCCAAGACCUACUAUAUGUCAGCCGGGCUGCAGCCGGUGCCCAUCGUCUUCAGGGGACCCAACGGGGCCUCGGCAGGCGUCGCCGCUCAGCACUCGCAGUGCUUUGCUGCCUGGUACGCUCACUGUCCAGGCCUGAAGGUGGUGAGUCCCUGGAACUCUGAAGAUGCCAAAGGUCUCCUGAAAUCAGCCAUCAGAGACGAUAAUCCUGUCGUGUUCCUGGAGAACGAGCUGCUGUACGGCGUUCCCUUUGAGAUGUCCGAGGAGUCGCAGUCUAAAGACUUCACCGUUCCCAUCGGCAAGGCUAAGAUCGAGAGGCCAGGGACUCACAUCACCCUGGUUUCCCACUCGCGGUACGUCGGUCACUGCCUGGACGCCGCUGCCGUCCUCGCCAAAGAGGGAAUCGACUGUGAGGUGAUCAACCUCCGGACCAUCCGACCCCUGGAUGUGGAGUGCAUUGAGAGCAGCGUGAUGAAGACCAACCACCUGGUGACGGUGGAGGGCGGCUGGCCUCAGUUCGGUGUGGGAGCCGAGAUCUGCGCCAGGAUCAUGGAAGGUUCUGCUUUUAACUACCUGGACUCUCCGGUUACCAGGGUGACGGGCGUGGACAUCCCCAUGCCAUACGCCAAAAUCCUGGAGGAGCACAGUCUUCCUCAGGUCAAAGAUAUCAUCUUCUCAGUGAAGAAAACCCUCAACGUCUGAGAGACGAGGGGAGUAAACGCAGAGGUGUAAAUACGUUUAAAUCUUCCUUCCGAAACGCUCCCCAGUUUCCUGACCGAUGUUUUACUCUGCGGACUCGCAGAGUUCGGAUCAGUCAGGUCCGGGCACGGUGUCUUCGCCUUACACUUCCUCCCUUUCAGAAUAAAAGCCACUCUGUCGGUGUGGACGUUUGGGACCAAACUGCAGAGCGAGCGAACCAGAAUCUGAAGAAAUGUGUCUUUACUUUAACCAAAUCAUUUAAAACGUUUCUGACUUUAACAUCCGAGCAUCAAGAACUUUGUUCUUAGAGUUCUUCAAACAUCUCUGCAGUUUGUUCUCCAGCUCCCACGUUUCUAACCACCACAUCUCACAUCCAGACCUCAACCUUCAUCUUCUCUCCGGCCCGAGUCGCAGAAGCCGAGCAGCGCCGCUGAAACCUGGUGUGUUGGGAAUAUUUAUUGUAGCUGCAGCAGCUCUGUGAAUGUUUCUGUUGCUGAAAGUGACUCUGUUACACAAAUAAAAUCCUGUUAGUCCUUU